UACUGACAUUCAUUGACUCGACCUACGACCUAUCAUUAUAACAUAUUGUGGAAUGUGCACUGUGCAGGGUUUAAAUUUGGAAUACAUAAAAUUUAUCAUUAAUGCAUAAAUAUAAUACUAAUGACAAUUUACAUUAACAUUGAUUACGACAAUUGAAGUUCAUUUGUCAAGUGAUCUAAUAACAGAAAAGUGCUCACAGGAGCUUCAUUCACACUGCAACCGGUAAAAAGGAGACCAUACAAUACUGUACCCAAUAUCAUAGAAUAGCGAGAUCAAGCAGCAUUUCAAAAUUUUAAAAAGUUAUCAAGUAUAAACUCGAAGAACUUUAAUGAAGAUCUGAAAAUGGACGGCACAUACGACGAAAUCAUAUCCGAUAAUCCGUUCUUUGUUGAACUGAAAAACGAAUACGCAAACUUAUUUCAGCACUGUAUAACACAGUCAUGGAUUAUUUGCGUGCCUAGAAUAGGAAGUUUGAACACUCGUGUCUUCACAGUAGAAGACUUCUGUGCUCAUAUUUUGGUUCCAAGUGAAGAACUUCCAGAGACACACUAUAGUACUCUAAAAGAGAAACAAGUGACUGUCACCAACAAGGUCAUCACCCUAGAAGUCACCAGAGCUCUUCCUUUACAAAGCCACAUAUUAUUUGAAGAAACAUUCUACACAGAAGACUUUUUUAAAUACAAGGUUUGGUGUAUAGAAAGCCCACUAGAACCCACUACAGCAAGUGAUGAUAAUGCAAUUGCUAAGGAAUAUUUAACUUCAAUAAAUAACUGCAUUGAUUUACUGUGGACUCAAGCCGCAGGUCGGCAAGUGUUAGACCAAAUAGAACAGAAUGUACAGCAAUUCAUAAAGAAACAUCCUACUUUGCCAGUAGCCAUUGCACCUCUUCGGGAUUUGGUGAGUGAACUAUACACCCAGUGCCUUCAAACUGUACUACAAAAUCGUAGGAUUAGAGAGAAAUCCAAAUCAUGUAAACAGAUACUAGAAAAUGUCAAACUUGCUGUUGAAUGCUACAUGCAACAUUUGUUAUUCAAUCAUUUGUUCAAACCUAUUUGUACAUGUUGUGCUUAUGAAGACUCUCAUCUUAACAAGAAAAUAAGAAAUAUGAGUGACAUACAACUCAGGGAUUUAGACAUCAAAAAAGACCUGUACCCUGCUGUACCAAAAGCUAAACAGAUUCUUUCAAAAAUUGACUCUUAUAACACUGUGUUAGAAAAGAUUUUGUGUGUUAAACAGGCACUCAAUGCAAUCAACAAAAAAGAUAGUAGUAACAAUGUUGUUCUUCUAACUGCAGAUGACAUGUUACCAGUUUUUGUUUUUCUGGUUAUAAAAUCAGGUUUGCCAAACUGGUAUAGUCAGCUGAUGUACAUGAAAGAAUUCCGGUUUAGUGGCAUUGGAAAAGGGGAUGGUGAUGAGGGUGCCUUCCUUAUAACCACUUUAGAAGCUGUUAUAGAGCACAUUCAGUCAGGAGCCUUAGGAGGCCCACCAGAUCCUGAAGCCUAUUACUAUGAAAGCAAUCUAACAGAGGAUAACCUGAAGGAUGGGAAACCUAGAAGAGGAAGCUUAACAGAAUCAAUCUCAACAUCAGACACUAAUGGUGGGGAUGAAACAUUAGAAUACAUAUUUGAACUCAUCAAAAUGAAUCAUGCUGAUCAAAUAAGAGUCAUGUUGGAAAGGAAUGAGAAAAAUCUACAAAAGCUGCAAAGGAAUGAAAACAGUGUUUUUAACAAAAUGUUAGAGACAGACUUUAGCAGUGAGGAGGAUAGUGAUGCUGAUAACGAAGUUGAUGAAACACAAGUAUACCAAAAACUUUGUCAUCCAUUAUGCAGUUGCAAGAAGUGUUGCCAUAAAUUGUCUAAAAGAUUGUUGAAAUCUUCACCUACUGUUACAUCUAGAGAUAGCCAUGGCCUGACCCCUUUACAUGUAGCCUGCAUUCAUGGAAAGGCAGCAGUGGUUGAGCUAUUAAUUGAAAUGAACUCUGAGGUUAAUGCUACAGAUCUCAAUGAAUGUACACCACUUCACUAUGCCGCAUCUAGAGGACACCAGAAUGCUUUACUGUUGCUGGUUCACUCAGGUGCCAAUGUGAAUCAAGCUAACAUAGACAAAAAUACACCUCUGCAUUUGGCUGUUAACAAUGGCCACAUAAACUGUGUGAAAGCUUUAAUAUACUUUUCGGAACACAGCAGGAAGAAGAUUAACAUAAACUGUGCUAGUCAAAAUGGCAACACACCUUUGCAUCUUGCAUCAAAGUGGGGUUACGAAGGAAUAGCUAAGCUUCUCAUAGAAAACGGUGCAGAGCCAUCCUUGCAGAAUCGCUAUAAUAAAACAGCCUUUGAUUAUGCACAUAACCUGAGGAUACUUAAAGUUUUAAAAACUUGUACUCCUAGCUUGUAUGAAUACAUACACAUAAGCAGCCCCAACAUAAAACCAUUGGAAUGUAAACCUGACCAUAAGGUAAAUAAGAAAUUAACUACUGUGAAUAAUAAUCAAUUUGAUCAUGCAUCAAAGACAGUUCAAAAUUUGAAAACUCUUGAGAAAAUAUCAAAAGCCAUUUCAUAUGCUGAUGGAAAGCUUGCUUGUUUCUACAUGAAUAUUAACUAUGAGGAUUAUACAGACACCAAUAGUAAUGUUGGUAUCAGUAGCACCAAUGCAACAUUUUGCCAUCCCCUAUGCGAGUGUGAAAACUGUAAAACUAAGACUUCACCAGCAAAAUCUUUGUAUGAUGUAAAUUUUGCAGACUCAAAUGGAUUUACUGCGCUCCAUCAUGCUGCUCGCUGUGGAUUAGAUAAACUUUGCAACAUAUUGAUCCUAAACAAUGCCAAUGUAAACUGUGCCAAUAAAAAGGGCCAGACCCCUCUACACUUAGCAGCUUUGAACAACAAGAUAAUAGUGAUCCGUACACUUCUAAAUAAUGGCGCGAACGUAAAUGCAACAGACUGGACUGGCAACACGCCGUUGCAUGACGCUAGCCAACAGGGGAACAUUGGUGCUGUCAAAGUUUUGAUCAGCUUUAAUCCUGAUGUAUCAAUAUGUAACAGUUCUGAGAAAACUGCCUUGGACACUGCCAAAGAAAAAGUCCAUCUUACUAUUAUUGAUUUGAUUGGGAAGUAUGCUAAAACUUAAGACUUGAAUAACUCUUAUAAAAUUAGGGUAAAGUAUGUACUUAGAGGUAAUUCACUUUCAACUUUCUAAAAUGUAUUUAAUGCAAGAUAAUACAACUACUAGUUAAAACAUACUUAAUAUGUUAAAUGAGAUGACAUUGUAUGAGAAAGUGAAAUUGGCCAUGAUUAUUUUCUAUUCUGUAUUUGCUUUAUGAUUUUGUUUUAAUCAAAACAUUUACACCAUAUUACUUGCACAAAUGGUUUUGUUUUUAGUGCCAUACUGUUGGCAGUUUUUCGCCAUUUUAUUUCUCUAAGACUGAUUUUACUUGUUAUUCUAAGUUUUAAAAAAGUGUUUGUGUUUAUUUGAUGACUGAAUUUUUCUACUUGAUGACUGACAAUAAUCUAUGUCGUGUUUUUAAGAUCGAUGUAAUUAAUAAAUAAGACAAAUCAGUGUAAAAAAAAAUCUUGUUAGCAAUUAUUUAAUUUUAAAACUUCAUUUUAUAAACAUACAAACAUUGAGCUUAUUUUAUUUAUAUUCAAUUUCACACUCGGGUAUUAAAUUUAUAUUCAUUCACUGCCAACUUAUAAAACCAAUGUAAGUUAAAAAAAAUCUCAUGAAUGAUUAUUGGACAGAAUGUCGAAUAUAUAGAAAGGAAAUUAUUAAUUUACCUAGGUCUUUAUGUAUUAAAUUAUAGUAGUCAUUAUCAUGUGGCUGAUGUUAAUAAGUUAAAAAAACAUUUACAAGUAAAUAAGGAUUCAAUUUAAUAACCCCUGACAUAGACCAUAUAAUACUAGUACCCCUGAGACAACGGAACACUAAUAUAACUAAUCCUACCUAAGAUCUAUCACGGACAUAUUUUAA